UUGAGUUUCUCGCCUUCAGCAGUCCGCCCGCGCCUCCUUCCCCAGCCAGCAACUGGAUAAGCAAAAACGCCGCCUCAGCGCUCCCCCACUCCGCUUCCUCUUAGCCCCCAUUUUUCCUUCUUCCAUUUUCCACUCUCUUUGAAGGAUUAUGGAUGUAACGUUACCAGCAAAGCAUUAUACAGAUGGGUUCUGUUUGUUUCAGCGUCAGAGCACAAGAAAUCGCGGCCGUAAAGUGAGGGCCGGAGGGAGGGUUACUUCGGAGGCCAAUUCUUUAAGGCUUUAUGUCGGAGGAAAGGGGAAAGCUCGGUUUCUCGUUGUUCCUCCUUCUGAUUGUUCUGUCUAUGGAGAAAAAUCCCAUGAUUUGAUUAGUAAACAGCUGAGCAUUGUUCGUGCGAUUUCGAGGGUCGAUACGUUUAGUUCCAAUGGUAGAUUGCAGCACGGGGAGAAGAAUCUCCAUGGCCAUUUGAAUGGCUCCAAUUCGUCGUCGUCUGCUUCGAAUCACUCGCAAAGUUUCGAGGAAUUCGAGAACAACAAUCAUCUUCGUCGACUGGUAAGAAAUGGGGAAUUGGAAGAAGGGUUUAAAUUUGUCGAGAAUAUGGUUUGCCACGGAGAUAUUCCUGAUAUAAUUGCCUGCACUAGUUUGAUUCGCGGUUUGUGUAAAACGGGGAAGACUAGGAAGGCAACUCGGGUUAUGGAAAUUUUGGAAGAUUCGGGGGCUGUUCCUGAUGUGAUAACUUACAAUGUUCUGAUUAGUGGUUACUGUAAAUCUGGUGAAAUUGGGAGUGCUUUACAACUUUUGGAUCGAAUGAGUGUUUCUCCUGAUGUUGUUACAUACAAUACAAUCUUGCGAACUCUGUGUGACAGUGGAAAGUUGAAGCAGGCCAUGGAAGUUCUUGAUAGACAGUUGCAGAGGGAGUGUUAUCCUGAUGUAAUAACCUACACUAUAUUGAUUGAAGCAACUUGUAAGGAAAGUGGUGUUGGGCAGGCAAUGAAAUUGUUGGAUGAAAUGAAGAACAAAGGAUGUAAGCCUGAUGUUGUCACUUUCAAUGUUCUUAUCAAUGGGAUUUGCAAGGAAGGAAGGUUGGAUGAAGCUAUUAAGUUCUUGAACAACAUGCCUUCCUAUGGCUGCCAACCGAAUGUGAUCACUCAUAAUAUAAUUUUGCGUAGCAUGUGUAGUACAGGGAGGUGGAUGGAUGCCGAGAAGCUGUUGGCCGAAAUGGUUCGGAAGGGAUGUUCUCCUAGUGUUGUCACUUUCAAUAUCUUGAUUAAUUUCUUGUGUCGAAAGGGCUUGCUUGGUCGAGCUAUCGACGUUUUGGAGAAGAUGCCUCAGCAUGGCUGUACUCCAAAUUCCUUGAGCUACAACCCAUUGCUUCAUGGAUUCUGCAAAGAGAAAAAGAUGGACCGUGCAAUCGAGUAUUUGGAUAUCAUGGUUUCAAGAGGCUGUUACCCUGAUAUAGUGACCUAUAACACUCUAUUGACAGCAUUGUGCAAAGAUGGGAAGGUAGAUGUUGCAGUUGAGAUACUGAAUCAACUCAGUGCCAAAGGUUGCUCUCCUGUAUUGAUCACAUACAACACAGUCAUUGAUGGGCUUUCAAAGGUGGGAAAAACAGAAGAUGCCAUAAAACUCCUAGAUGAGAUGAAGGGAAAAGGCCUCAAACCGGAUAUAAUUACGUACUCGUCACUCGUCAGAGGACUGAGCAGGGAAGGAAAAGUCGACGAAGCGAUUGCAUUUUUUCACGACUUGGAAGAAAUGGGUGUAAGGCCUAAUGCCAUCACGUACAACUCUAUCAUGUUAGGACUCUGUAAGGUUCGACAAACCAGUCGAGCCAUCGACUUCUUGGCAUACAUGGUUGCCAGAGGGUGUAAACCGACCGAGGCUUCGUACAUGAUUCUGAUUGAAGGAUUGGCGUAUGAAGGUUUGGCCAAGGAGGCAUUGGAGUUGCUCAAUGAAUUGUGCUCUCGAGGAGUUGUGAAGAAGAGUUCUGCGGAGCAGGUGGUGGUCAAAAACUCUUUUUGAUGUAUUUUCUUUCUGUUACUUAAGCCGUUUAAUGGCCUUGAAUUUCAUCAUCGAAUCUUCAUAGAUAUGUUAUGUUAUUCAUGUUUGUCAAAAUGGGUAGAAUCCAAAUCAAUUUUGUAAGAUAAAAAUGCUCAACUUGAGUAGUUUCGAAGUGUAUACUCUGUUCAGAUAUGAUAAAGCCAUAUUCGUGUGCU